AUGGCAGGUUCGCAGCUCAAGCGGCUCAAAGAGUCGCUCAGAACCCAGGGCAUCAUUGGCCCCCAGCAGUCGAAGAAGCAAAAGAAACGCAAUGCGCAGGAUGAGCGAGCCAAAUCCGACAAGCGCUUGAGCAGAACAACCAAGCUCGAAGGUAUCCGCGAGCAGUUCAACCCCUUCGACCUCAAACACAAUGUCCGCGGCCCCAAGUUCGACGUCACCAGCAACCGUCCUGCCACCGGCAAUGCUGCUAAGGGUAUCUACGGUCGGCCCACCGAAGCCAGGGCUGCUGCCGAGGAGAGGCGCAAAGAGACGCUUCUUGUCGAAAUGCAGCGUCGCCAGAAAAUCGGUGGACUCAUCGAUCGGCGUUUUGGUGAAGACGAUGCCAAUAUGACACCGGAAGAGAAAGCUUUGGAGCGAUUCGCGCUCGAAAAGCAGCGGUCACAUAAACGAGCCGUCUUCGACCUCGAGGACGAUGAAGCCGGGGAGAGUUUUGGUCUUACCCACAUGGGCAAAUCCUUGUCUCUUGACGGGCCCAAUAUAACGGACGACUAUGAAGAGGACGACAUGGAUGCAGGAUCUGACGACGAUGACGAAGGACGCAAAGCCUAUUUGAAGCGAAAGCUCAUGACUGAAGGCGAAACAGAGGCCGAAGACGACCAACCCGAGAGGAAAAAGACAAAAGCAGAGGUCAUGAAGGAAGUCAUUGCAAAAUCGAAAUUCCACAAGGCUGAAAGACAGGCUGCGAAAGAGGCCGACGAGGACUUGAGGAUGGAGCUCGAUGACGAACUACCUAACCUGCGCCAGUUGCUUUUCAAGACAGGCAAGGACACAGGAUUGGCAGCCAAGUCUGGCGCUGCGCAGGAGCUUCAGAAGGAAUACGAUAUGCAAGUCAGGUCGCUGGCUGCUGACCGGCGAGCUCAGCCAACAGACCGCACCAAGACGGAAGAGGAACAGGCCGAGGAGGAAGCUACCAAGCUUCGUGAGUUGGAGGAAAAGCGACAGCGUCGCAUGGAGGGCAGAGAGGAAAGUGAAGAUGAAGUCGAGGACGAAUCUGAAGCAGAAGAGGACGACGCAAAUGGUCCAGUCCAGUUCAUUGAAAAGGAUGAGGGCGACACUUUUGGGCUAGGCAAGGGCAUCAAGCUGAGGCCAACUGCUACAGAACUCGGAUUCGACGACGAAGAUGAUUUCUUUGUGGAGGACAACUUGAUUGCUGAGGGAUCGGACUUGUCUCUCAGUGAGGUGGAAUCUGGCGACGAGGAGUCUGACCAGUCCGAGGAUGACCAGGAAGCCGAGGAGGAGGAGGACGAGUUUACCAAGGGCAUAUUAAACGAAGAAGAGACGAAGAACCCAGCCUUCAGCUUGAAAGAGGACGGGACCCGUGACUCAACUACUACCAAGGAAGAUGCCGAUGGUCUACCUUACGUUUUUUCGUGUCCGGAAACUCACGAAGCGUUGCUCAAAAUUACCAAAACUGUGCCGGAUGAGAAACUCCCGGUAGUCGUACAACGCAUUCGUGCCCUUCACCACUCGAAGCUGGACAGCAGCAAUAAGACCAAGCUUGGCAACUUUGCCAGAGUCCUUAUUCAACAUCUUCCGUACCUGGCAACCCGAGGCGCACCAUUUGCCACCAUUGAGAGCCUUGUUCGCCAUGCUCACUCCAUGGCAAAGACUUACCCUAUUGAGAUUGCAAACGAGUUGAGAUUACACAUUGAGGAUAUCAGCAAGAGACCUCUCGACAUGAAUGUGGGCGAUCUCAUCAUUUUGACGACAAUUGGCACAAUCUUCCCAACCUCGGAUCACUUCCACCAGGUCACCACGCCGGCCAUGUUGACGUUGAACCGUUACUUGGGCAUGAAGAUCCCGCGCCAACUGACAGACUACACGAUUGGUUGUUAUCUGAGCAUACUGGCGAUACAAUAUCAAACGGUAUCAAAACGAUACAUACCAGAGGUUAUGAAUUUCAGCUUGAACACAUUGACUGCACUUGCACCCGUCAAUGCCAAGGACAAGCUCGGGUUUUUCCCUGUACACGAUCCCGUCGAUGGCACAAGAGUUCAAGGCUUGAAAGGCACCUCUGUAAGGAGACUGAACUGUCUUGAUUGCACAAAUUCAGCCGAAACAGAUAUCGCAGAGAUCAAAAUCGCACUUGUCGACACAACCGUUAAGUUGCUUGACAAUGCUGCGACCAUCUGGACAGGAAAGUCGGCUUUCUACGAGACUUUCCAGCCGGCAUUGGCUGUGCUCAACCACCUAUCGGACAAGGCUUGCCGAUCGCAUUUCCCCAAGGCGCUGAACCAACAGAUUGGCAGGUCAAAGGCCAAGCUUGAGGGUCUCCUGCAACUAGCACGCAUGGAGCGUCGCAACCUAGAGCUUCAUCAUCACCGACCCCUGGCUAUCAAGACCCAUGUGCCCAAGUUUGAAGACUCCUUCGAUCCUGACAAGCACUACGACCCUGACCGAGAGCGUGCCGAGGCCAACAAGCUCAAGGCCGAGCAUAAGAAGGAGAGGAAGGGUGCGAUGCGCGAACUUCGCAAGGAUGCCAACUUUAUGGCUCGCGAGAAGCUCCGCAUCAAGAAGGCGAGAGACACGGCAUACGAGAAGAAGUUCAAGCGAAUCGUGGCCGAGAUCCAGAGUGAAGAGGGCAGGGAAUCGAAUGCAUAUGAAAGAGAGAAGGUAGCGAGGAAACGCGCCGCAAAAAGGGGUUAA